GAGACGCACAUUAUCCACACCUUCAAAGAAGACUUCUAUGGAGAAAUUCUUAGUAUAGCAAUUAUUGGAUAUAUUCGACCAGAAAAGAACUUUGAUUCCUUAGAUGCGCUGAUUGCGGCAAUUCAGGAGGACAUUGAAGAGGCAAAAAGACAACUAGAUUUACCAGAACAUCUUAAACUCAAAGAAGACAACUUCUUUCAUCUUCCAGGGGGCAAAAUAGUUGACAACCACUGA